CAGAUGGAAGUGUUUGUUGGUGUUCGGGCAUUGGAACUAUGAGAGAGUUUUUGUGGAUCAAGAGGAAAAAUGAAGGCCAAAAUUGAGACUAACUUGUUGGAAAUACAAGACUGAUCACAAUGAUGGAGUGAAAGAAGACAUCACAGAGAAGGGGCUAGGACUUAAAAGCUAUACACCACUUGGAAAUAUUUGUUGACUGAGGGAUUUGGCUUUUCUUGUCUGUUCAUCUACAGCGAAGUCUCCGACCUGAAAAGUCUGUGCUUUGGCUGAAUCACCACGGCAGAGCAAUUUUCUCAGCAUCAGUUGGCUGACCAAUGAAGUAAACACAGUGGAGACGAUGUGUGAUGAUCCACUUUAGGCUUUACCGCAGGUGUCAGGGCAGUCACCUUUAGAGCUGUUUGUGGUUGCAGAGGUGCCGAUUCAAAGUGUUUAGUAAUGUACCAGUGACGUACUGUGUUCUUUGAGAUGGUGUUUAGUUAGCUGUGUGUAGGAGCUUGUCACACUUAGUUUCCACCGUACAAAGAAACUCACUCAAACACACCCACGCACCACAGGCUACACAUUCAAAAUCUGUUGUGUAUUAUUGUUUUUGACAAUCAGCAGAACUUCUUCUGGACUAAAUUGUUGCCCGUUUUCAGAUCACUGCGUUUGACGAGGUGUAUAACUAAAGGGCAUCCUGGUGCUGACUGUAUCCAGCAAAGCAUGUUGGAAAGGAAGAGUUAGUCGGUCGAUUCUGCACGGUUAUACUGUCUGAUAACCUGUGGUUAUUCUGAAGAGAAUUAUAUUACCAUGAGGAAUCACUGUCCAUCUGGGCUGCGGAUGAUAGCUUAUUGACAAAGUUCUAUCAUUCAAGCAAAUAAUUGUGAACACUUCUGGUAGAAAAAUAGAUAUCUGAAACUGGAGUGUGUCACUGCAGUUUUCAUGGCCCUUUGCAAGUUGGCUGUUUAACAAAGGGCGACGAAUUCACCUUUUUUUUUUUUUUUUUUUUACAGCACAGCCCUCAAGCUCAAUAGAUUUUAUUCAAGCAAAGCUAUGUCCAAAUGAGUUGCAGACCCAAAAGUGUCACAGGCUGUCUAUGGUUCUGGUCGGUGUGGUUGAAGCUUUAAGGUAUAUUAACUUUGGUCUUCUCAUUUUUGGGUGAGAAAAGUGCCAAAAGUAUUGUCUUGUUUAGAUACAAUAAGUUCGACAGUCAACAAUGUUGCCCCACAUUUCUCUAUCAUUUAGGGCAAAACACUGUUGGUAGCUUUUUGUUGAAAAGUCCUUCAGCUAACAUGCAAGCAGGUGAAUUAGACGUUCUUUGGAGAUUUUCAGGCUAUGUGUGACUGAAUCAUACUUAUUGAUCUUUGCUGUUCCUUGGAGCUGUGUGGUUUGACCUGACAGAGACAAGUAGCUUAUUUACUGCUGUGGUUACAAUUGUGGUUGAUCGUUGGAGCUCCUGAGGCUCAGUUUGCAUAAUUCAGAGUUUGAAACUGCAUCAUAUAGUUUUCAAAGAUAAUAAAACUCAACUCCAUUACUUGCAGAUAGUUGUGCAGGUUCUCAUUGUUGAGAAAUACCGGAUAUCUGGAGGUCUGAUGCGGAUUUUGAGCAUUUUGAUUUCAAAAAUAUACGUCUAUCAUAUCACUUUCUUUUUGAUUAAAUGGAAUCAAGCUCCUGGAUGGUUUAUAGUAUCACAAUUUCACAUUAUAUGGAUUUACAACAAUAUGUAUUAUCACUUCCUUUAAAGCUACACAAGCUGGAGAUACUGCUACUCUAAGCUCAUCUCUUUGCGCCUUGUAAUAUAGUUUCUAUCUCUGUUAUCACCCAGAGCUCUGACCAAACCUUUAUGUGUUGCGGUAAAGCUAUUGCCAUAAGUCAGUCUUGUGUAGCUUUGCAGCGAAAGCGGUUUCAUUGCCUCUGUUGAGAUAGUUCCUCUUAGAAAUAGUUCUUUCUCUCAAACAAUAACUUCUAUUUUACCGUGCCUGAGUAAAGCUGAAGAGUCUGCACGUGUCCGCAGCACUGCAGCUGGGAACUUCUGCCUGUUGAGUAGUUUGUCUGUAGAAGUGGGGACACAGCCACAGAGGAGCCUUUGAUCCUUGGUCUGGCUCACACAAACGCACGCAAUAUUUGGAAGCACAAUGAGGCCUGUCCAAAGCACCGUUUUCUGCCGCUGCCUCCUCUUCUCCCCGUCUCUGGCCUUGUGCAGCUUGGUCAUGGCCCUGAUCUGCAUUACUCCCCGUUGUCAGGCGGUGCAAGCAGAGAGUGUGACAGUCCUGGAAGGAGGCACGGCACACAUCUCCUGCCACCUGCAAAACUACGAUGGCUCCAUUGUGGUGAUCCAGAAUCCCCGUCGGCAGACACUCUUCUUCAAUGGCACACGAGCACUGAAGGAGGACCGCUUCCAGAUGGUGCUCUUCACGCCACACUUAAUGCGCAUCUCGCUGACCAACGUGAGCGUGUCUGAUGAGGGGGGCUACUACUGCCAGCUCUACACAGAGUCCACGCACCACCACGUGGCAACACUGUCAGUCCUGGUGCCACCCGAGACUCCCACUGUGGAGGUGAAGCAGGAGGCGGUGGAGGGCGGCCAGGCGGAGCUCACCUGCAUGUCGCCGCGCAGCAAACCAGCAGCCACUCUGCGCUGGAUGCGUAAUGGACGGGAGAUACCAGGUGAUGUGUCCCAGCAGGAGAAUGGGAAGACGUUCAGUGUGUUCAGCACCAUUCGCAUUCCAGUGGAAAGGAAGGACAAUGGAGCAGCACUAAAUUGUGAAGCAACCCACCCGGCACUGAACGACCAGAAGAAGAUCCGACAUUAUCGCCUAGAUGUGUAUUUUGCACCCACUGUUCGAAUCAUUUAUCCACUGGGCAUCUUGCGUGAGGGUGACUCCCUCACCCUCACGUGCUCUGUCACCGGUAAUCCUCUGCCUAGACAUAUUCAGUGGUCCAAGAUUAAUGACACCUUGCCUGAGAGGGCAGAGAUCUCUGGGCCCACUCUCCAGAUUUCCCGUCUCAGCCAAUCACACAACGGAACGUACCUGUGCCAAGCCCAGAACAACUUUGGACGCGCUGCUGAUCAAUACACUCUGUUGGUGUAUGAUAAUGUGUCAGUCACAACCAUGGUCCCUCCCACUCCUAACACCACCCAACCAAUCACCUUCCAUCAUGUCACUCAAACCCUCCUGCCAGACAGAUUUCCCCCGGCGCCACCAGAUACUGUGUCAAUCACAACCACGGCUACACUAACCCCUAACACCACCCAGUUAAUCAGCUCUCAUCCUGCAGCUCACAUUCACCAGGAACACAGCAACCAAAUGGAUCCGGAAGAUCCUGGUGCAAUCGUAGAUUCUCAAAGUGCAGUACCAUAUAAGGCGAUUGCUGUCGUUCUGGCCCUUCUGGUCUUCACCGUCAUCUGUGUCCUUGUUGUCACCAUCUGGUGCUCAGUUCGGCAGAAAGGCUCAUAUCGUACACGAGAGCCUAUUCUGGCGUGGUAUUGACCUAACAAUCAGUUAACUAAUGGAUUAAUCAGUCUUAGGUUCCUAUCUUACCCAUGAGGCCAGUGGGUUAGAUGAGCAUGGCGAAGUGCAGGAGGCCUUCCUCAAUGGGAACGAUGCCAGCCAGGGCAAGAAGGAGUACCUACUGUAACCCCUCUCCUUUCCUAAUCCUGUCCAUUCUGACCUCAUACACCUGCCCUUCCUAUCCCAGUCUCCCACCAUACACACACGUGCACUCACUCAAACACACACGUGACUGUAUUCAAGUACAGCACACAAACAAUCCAUCUCACUCCAUGUCCCUUCAUGCACACUCAAAACCCGGACAGACUGAAAGCAAGAGAGCCUGUAGACCCACCAGACAUUAACGACUGUGCCAUAUUUAAUGUAAGUCAAAGACACUGGAAAAAAAGAGGGCAAUGACAGUGAGAGAGCGCGGGCAGAAGGAAGCGAAUGUAUAGAAAAAUCCAAGUGAUGCCAUAAUUGUUUUGAUUGGGAAGGGAGACAGCGAUGCGGCGGAAAGAGCCACUUUGCCUGUGCAGCUGCCGAAAUGGAAGGAGAAUUAGAGGGAGAUGACUGCGGUAAUUCCCUGCCUGAAGAAGAGAAGAAUCCAAUUCACUAAGCUUUUUAACUGGAAAAGACUAUAGGAAUUCUGUGCACGAUGAAAAGAGGCAAGGAUCGGGCAAAGUUGAGCCGCGGAGAACAUGAUGAAAAAACGCUGAAAUUCUUCAAAUUGACAAGGCAUCUUGUCCCCACAGCCCAGCUCAAGUAUAACUCCAGAAAGACACAAGUAAUUAAAGUCAGAGUCCCUGGAAUCAUCCAUACCAUAAGAACAAGCUAAUUCUGUUUCUUUCCUUCUGCACGGUGGCCUGCCAGUUAGUUUACAGAAAAGCUCAUGUUUUUGAGUGUCUGCGCCAUAAAAGGCACGAGGGUUUCUGCUGUAAUCUGCUCUCAACAUCCUCUCUGUACACCUGCUGUUACCAUCCUGUCCUCUUCUUCUAUAUCCGUCUUUCUGUCCCCCUCUUUUCCUCCUCCUUUAUUGACUCCUAAUAAUGAAAAGAUUAGCGUUGGGCCGUGUUCCUGUGAAAGAAAAGAAAUGCGACUUGCUAAGGCAUUUAAGACUAGCUUAAUUAUUUUAGAAUGUCAUUAGGAGGAUCAAAAAGUUUGAGAGUUCUAAGAAGGGCAAGUGGAGAGACAGCAACAAAAGGACAAGUCUGAUGGACAUUUUUCUGAAUGCGACCACAAAUGCAGCUACAUGCACACAAACAUACAGUAAACAAGUUGACAGAACAAAUAUACAUAUCUCUCAAUUCUUUGUUUGUAUAAAAAAGAACUGUGUAAUAAAUUAAAUUAAACUUUUAAGAAAUGAAAAAGAACUGUUUACUAUUGAAACACGUUACCAACCAAUUAUACUAACACAGAAUAUUAGCCUAUAGAAGCCGAACAAACUACUGUCCAGUGAUCUUUAAAAAAAAAAAUUAAAAAAAAAAAAAAAAAAGAAAAUUGUCUUUACAAGAAACCAGAGGUCUUAUUGAUUUUUUUAAAAAUAAUUAUUGGUAUUAUUUGAACAAUUAUGAUUGUUGUUACUGUUAUUAUUGCCGUUGUUAUAUUAUAAUUGUAAAUGUUAAAGAACUGUACACUUCUCAUGGUUUGUUUUUGGUUCUACUGUAGAUAAAUUACUCUCAUUUUUCACUUUUUCCCUCUUUCUUCCCAGUAUUUCUCUCUCUUUGUCUGUUGUGCCUAGUUGUCUCUUCUCCUGUUUUUCACUGGUUUAUUUUUGAGUCCAUGUGUCACUGUUGAUAUAUAGCUAACUAUUUCUUUAUAGGGGAAAGAUACAAAGCACGACAAAAUAAAGAAAAAAACAAAAAAAA